AUGCUGGAUGCUCUUGUGAGCCAAUAUGGGCUUGAUGAACAUAUCCAUGAGCUGGCCUCGUGUUUCUUUCAACGAAACCUUGCUCUUGAGGAGACAUACUGCGUUCCAUGGAUGCAGAAACGGAGUACUACAAGCGAAGAAACUAGCGAGGAAUGGAGCAUUCGUCAGACUGGAUUAUAUCACCAAAGACGACUGGAUGGCUCAAAAAACGUGUUCAUUUUGCUACACCCACUCCCAAACUCAGCGUUACAGACGUCCGUAGAGCGUUAUGUGGAUGACAAUGCCGGACGGUUUGCUGCUAGCCCAAUGUGGUUGCAUGGCCUGCUCUUUGAUACAUAUUUUCCAGCUUGGCGGCAUUACAGUCUUUCUUUGGAGCGAAAAUUCUUACCCAUAGUGAACCUCACAUGGGCCACCUUCAUUGAAGAAAACCUGCCCGUCGACCACGAAACACUCAGAACGUUCGCGAGUCUUCGCAAUCAAUUCCUGCAGAUCCCGUCUAUCCUAUCCCAAUCCGCAGAUGUCUUGCAAGAGAUAACUGCAACGCUGGUCGAUCUGAAAACAACCCAGCCAGCAGCAUCAGAACACUGCCAACAUAUCUCCUCCCAGGCCAACAAUUACCGAACACAGUGUGCGACUCUCACCAAGACAGCUUCAUACCUUCAGCAGCGGGCGGAGGUGAUGGCAGGCUUUUUGGCAGGGACGUUGUCUCUCCGGGAUCAACUCGUUUCAAAGCAGCAGAACAACAGUAUGGUCCGGUUGAACAAAUCCGCCGUCUUCAUAACGGCUUUAACAUUGCUAUAUCUGCCUUCGUCGUGGCUGGCUACAUUCUUCGGCAUGAACUUCUUCGUCAUGAACCAAGAUAGCCAUCGACUAGUCGGCUCGCCCAUGAUCUGGAUAUAUGCUCUCUCUGCAGCCGUCCUCACAGCGGGCACCAUGUUAUUUUAUUAUGUAUUGAUACAGUACGAGGGGCAGUUCUUCAGUGGACUGUCGCCAAAACCGCAGCUCGGUGCCCCGGAGAAAAUCACCCGCCUUGAAGGGUUGAAGAGAAUGUUGACUAAGUCAAUGACGGGGGCUAUCUAUGACGAGUCGAAAGAGAUGAUGGUGUAG